AUGGGUCUACAGAAGAAAGCUGAGAAAUGGGUUCAGGCGCUCGGAUUGCCACGAGAUCCAUGUUUUUGGGCUAAUGGUGAUUCUGCUCCGCUAAAGGAGUUGUUUGCCAAGUUGUUAUCAGUUGAAGCGCUUAAAAACACUGACGAGCUUAAUAUUGAAGACCCUGUUCCUUUUGAAAAGGUGAGACGGUCCUUGAGUACGGUUUUGGAGUACAAGGUUGUUUAGAAGCUUUUAGCUUUAGGGAUUUAGAAGCUUUUUUGUUUAGUGACUUAGAAGCUUUGACCUCUAGUGACUCUUUCUAGGUGUCUUUAUAGAAAUUCUAACUUUCAGUAUCAUCUAAAACAUCUCAGGUAACAUUAUAAUAACAAUAUUUUAAUUUUAGUUGCUGGCAAUUGCUCAAAGCAAACUUGGCGUACACUCAAUUCUAGUCGGCGCUGAUUUGGCCGGUAAUGAUGCCAAACUUAAAGUUGGCUUAUUUGGCACAGUAAUCUUCCUCAAAUCGGCCCUGAAAGACUUUAGUCCAGAGUGGGUUUCCGCCCUCCCAACUCCAGAUUUUGGCAUAGCCGGAGGCGCUUACUCGAACGAACCGAUUUGUUUAAAGUGCAACAAGGAGGUGUUGUUUGUGGAGCGAGUGAUCGUUGGUGAAAGAGUAUGGCAUCGCAGAUGCAUGCAUUGUCAUCUGUGUGGCAAACGGUUGUUUUUGGGCACGUUCAGGUUGGAGAAUGGAAAGUUGGAGUGUUUCGAGCAUUUCUUAAACAAAGAGCUUGGAGGGAAUGAGUUGGUAAGGUUUUUUGUUAGUUAUCUUGUUUUAGGUGGAUUUUUUACAGAUUUUUUAUUUUUUGGCAAGAAAAUUUGUAAUAUAUCUUAAACUUCAAAAAAAUCUUUCAGCAAUCCUUUGAAAACACCAACACCGCCAAACCCCCGCCACCACGCCCUCCACCACCACGUCGCUCGACCGUAUCCACUCCAUCUCCCAACCCCGAUGCUUCACUCAACGCUAGUACGACUGGUACACCUUUGCGUGCGAAUACACCGCAAAAGACUCCGGAGCCAAAUCGACGAACAUCGCUUCAGGUCACGAUCCAAUCACCGGCGGUCAAUAAGAGACUGUCGGUUGCGAAUACGCCGGCUUCCGACCAGUCGAAUGAUAGUAAUUGGGAAGUGGUCGAGUAUCCCGAACAAUUGAAUCCUUUUGCUGAUGAGGAUGAAAUGGUAGGGGUUUGAAUUUUGUGAAAUUUUUGAAAUUUAGGUUGAGGUCAAUGGUUAUGUUAAGGUAGGGUUAUAGUAGGGGUUUUGGUUAUGGUAGAAUAGAGUAGGGUUAAAAAAGGGUUUUCUAGGGUAAGACUAGAGAAAAAAAAUCUUCUAGACUAAGCUAGAGCUAGGGUUGUUGUCAAAACGACAAAAGAGACUUAACAACUAUCAUCCUUAACAUCUAAAAUAAGAUAUAACGUUUCGAAAAUUACAUAAUAAUUUAUAGUUAGCCUUAUAUUUGAAAUCAGCGUAAAACGAUGUUUAAGAGGAUGUUAAGAUUAAGAGAAAUCAUCAAAUAGUCUUUGAGAUACAGCUUUUGGUUUUCCGAUAUUGUUGUAGGUAAUCAAACUUUAUCAAAGCUAUAACUUUCUAAAGACCACAAAAUGGAUUAGUUAUUGAUUCUAAAUUAAUAUAAACAUAAAAUAAGCUUUAAUUUGAUAUAAGGAUCAAGCAAAACUGAUGACUACUUUGUCAGAUACAGCUUUUGGCUUUCCGAUAUCGUUUUCGUUGACCAAACUAAUCUCCAAACCGCAAGACUAAAUUAAAACUUAAUAUACCUAAAAUAAGCUUCUUAAAUUAAUGUCUCUAGACAUUAUAAUAAUUUUAAAAUUCCAGAGUGACUGUUUGAAUCCAUUUGGCUACACAUCGAGCGAAGACGAGAGUGAAGAUGAACAUCCAGUUCCAGCGCCAAGAAAGUCAAUCGAGUCGGCCAUUGAAGAAGCAAUAAAUGAUGAUAGCUCUCGGAAAACUUCUAAAGAAGAGUAAGUUUGGUUUAUAUUAGUAGUUUUUGAAUUUUAGGAAGUGUUAGUCGGUUUAUAGAGGUGUAAAGAAAGUUAUUGCCAUUUUUUGUUUUGUAAAGAAAGUUCUUGCAAUUUUUUGCUUUGUAAAGAAAGUUCUUGCAAUUUUUUGCUUUGUAAAGAAAGUUCUUGCAAUUUUUGGUUUUGUAAAGAAUGUUCUAGCCAGUUUUUUUGUAAACAAAGUUCUUGCCAUUUUUUGUUUUGUAAAGAAAGUUCUUGCUUUUUCUAUUAAAACCUGGAAUUUCAGACAAAUUGAGCCAAAGCCAGAACCAGUGAAGCCCCAAGAACCGGUACCAAAGCCCAAAGAGCCAGAACCAGUGCCAGAAGUAGAAGAAGUUAAACAAGAAGAUAUCAAGAUCUACCCCAAUAUCCCGGUUGUUAACACCGCCCCCCUGCAAAACAAUCUACAAAACUUUUACCUGCCGGCCAGUAUUGUUUUGACAAGGAAGCGAAUUGACUCUUUCCAAUAUCAACGACCUGAACUUCAACAUGAGUUGGAGAAGGUGAUCAAGACUCUUGACUAUAUUGAACGACAUACCGCCAUGUUGGAGAGGAACUUGAUCAAGGACCUGGGAAAAGGUAGGAAAAUGUGUUGUCAGGCUUAGGCUCAGGUCUAGUAGGCUUAGGCACAAGCUUUGUAGGUUUGCGCUUCGUAGGCAUAGGUUAUGCUUAGUAGGCAUAGGCUUAGUAGGCAUAGGCUUAAUAGGCAUAGGCUUAGUAGGCUUAGGCUUAGUAGGCUUAGGAUUAGCAGGCUUAGGAAUGUUAGGCUAAGUUGGCUUAAGCUUAAUAGGCUUAGGCUUAGUAGGCUUAGGCUUAGUAGGCGUAGGUUUAGUAGGCGCAGGCUUAGUAGACUUGGGCUUAGUAGGCUUAGGCUUAGUAGGCUUGGGGUUAGUAAGUUUAGGCUUAGUAUGAUUAGGUUCAGUAGGCCUAGACUUCGUAAGAUUAGCCUCAGUAGGCUUAGGCUUAGUUGGCUUAGGGUUAGUAGACUUAGGCUUAGUAAGCUGAAACUUAGCAGACUUUGGCUUAGCAGGCCUAUGUUUAAUAGCCUUAAGUUUAGACUUGCUAGGCUCAGCAUCAGUAAACGUCAGCUUAGUAGGCUUAGACGGCAAUAUCUUAGGCUUACGCAAAUUCAGAUCCAGUACUCUUUUUUUUUCUUGGGCUAUUCUUAGAAUUAGUAGGCUUAUAAUUGUUAAGGGUUUGUUUUCCAGAAGGCUUCAAAUGGGACAAAUCCAACUUUGUCGAUGAUUGGGGAAGAGCCAUGCAGCAACGACACGACAACUUCAUUAAAGGCAGCAUGCUUGUGCAUGAGUAAGUUUUAUCAUCAUUUUUAAAAAAAAUAUUUAAUUUUUUGGUUAACUUAAUAUUUCUCUAAAAUUAAAUUCAAAUUUCACAAAAUAAAAAUUGUAUUUUAGGUACCUACAACAGUUGACCAACGCUGCAUUAGAGAAGAUUAAAAAACUGGAGCAGUCCAAAGUUGACAAGUCCAGUUUGAAAAAAGAGCUGACUGAAAUGCAGGAGAGGUUGUUCAAGAAUAAGAAUUGUCUUCCGUUGUGUAAGUUUUCUAAGGCGAUGAUUAAGCAAAUUGUAGCAAGGGUUGAUAUUGUAGUGGAGUGAGUUUGUUGAGGGGUAAAGAACAGAUGCCGUACGGUGAAGUAUGGUUAGUGUGGGGCUACUGCAAUGAGAAAAAGUAAAAAAGAAUGUUUGAGGUAAGGUAAAGGGAAGGCUAGGUAGUGGCUAAGGUUAUUAAAUAAUGCCAGGGUGAGGGUAGAAUAUAGUAUCGUACAGUAUAGUAUGUAUAGCAAAGAGAGUUUUUUUAAAUAUACUACUCUAUUAGUCUGUCGUUAAGGGUGUAGUAGUUUGGUAGGGUGGGAUAAGAUAGGUAGGAGCAAAAUGAUGCAGGGUGACGUAAUGUAGGGGAGAGCAGGGUAGAACAUGGCAGAGUAAGGAAGGUAAGCUAGGGCAAUGUAGAAUAUAGCAGGCUAGUUUAGAGCUACUUGUGUGUAAAUUUGUUAAUUUUCAUCGAUUUUAAAUUAAAAUUUCGAAUAUUUUAGUGAUCGACGAGAACAGUAAGAAGGAGAACAUCACUCCGAAACCGCCGAAGGAUGAGAAACGCAAGUCCAAGGGUCUAGUCAAGCGGAUCAAGAAAGUCUUUUAA